AUGGAGAACAAAGGUGAUUUAUUGGUAAAGAGGAAUAGACCCCCUACAAGGCUACAAAGGCAUGCACCAACCUCUCUUGACAUUGAUAAGGUUCACGAUGAUCGUCCCUCUAACCCUUUUGGUGAUUCUUCAAAGGCUAUUCCAUUGUUAUCACCACUCAUUCUAUCUCCAAAGCCAUUAAUCUAUGCAGACAUUACAUUUCAAGCUCUUAAAUCAGAGAAUAGCAAUUAUAGAGAUGAGGGUAGUAGGAGUUCAUCUUUGACGUCGGGCUCAGGGUGGGAACAUCCAGCAAUUGCUUCAUAUCCAAAUCCAUCUUCUUUGUGUAACUUCUUCCAGAAGCAAUGUGUUUUCGCCAACCAUGCCUAG